AUGUCCGUGUACGGGUUAAUUAACAAAGACAUAAAUAACUUUCUCCAGAACUUUUAUCACAAGUGUGGCAAGCUGCUCUUUGGCAAGAAUGAUGUAGUCUCUAGACCUGAAGUUACUUCCCUAUGUUAUGCAAUGCAGAAGCCCGGCUGCCGCACGCUGAAGCGCAUCCAGCGCCGCAGGAAUCUACAAGCCGCCAUUGGAGCCUACUAUGAUUUCGAGAGUCCAAAUAUCAAUGUACCCUCCAUGUCGUUUGUUGAAGAUGUCACCAUAGGUGAAGGAGAGUCCAUCCCUCCUGAUACCCAGUUUACAAAAACGUGGAGGAUACAAAACACAGGGACAGAGGCGUGGCCCCCGGGGGUUUGUCUGAAGUAUGUCGGGGGCGACCAAUUUGGCCACGUAAACAUGGUGAUGGUCAGGUCCCUGGAGCCCCAGGAGAUCGCAGACGUCAGUGUUCAGAUGUGCAGCCCCAGCACAGCAGGAAGGUAUCAGGGACAGUGGCGAAUGUGCACUGCCACGGGACUCUAUUACGGAG